AUGUCUUACCACGAGUCUAGAGCGAUCGACAACCCAGACGAGGCGUAUUGGGAAGGCUAUUGGGCGACCUGCCAACAUAUUCCCGAGUGGCUCCAGGAGCAUCCAGAGCUCAAACAGAGAGGGAUACAGCUGCGCCACAUGGUAAAGCCGAUGACUACGAUCGACGAGAACGAUCCGGGGGCGCACAGGCACAUCUUGCCGUGUGAGCUUGUCGAUGACGAGAGGCGUUUCAUUAUUUUCCCUUUCAUGCACAAUUUCCUGUCGGUCAAAUCGACGUAUAGACAGCAGUGGUGUUGGAGCAGGAUCUUAUGGUACUACGACCUUUGCCUGCAGGAUGUGAUCUAUCUGCACCGACGGCACGUCGCCCAUCUAGACAUUGCGUUGGAAAACUUCGUGUUCUCUCUGAGCACCGACGUCCUCAUGGGGCGAUCGAUGUCUGCUGAACAUCCCUAUCUCAUCGAUUUCGAGUACUCUCGCCAGCUGCCCUGUGGCCCGGGCCUACAAUCUCGGAUAGAGCUCCCCCCUUCAAUCGUGUCGAAACCUGGUGACGCUACCCGAAUGGACCCGUAUUCAUGGGAUGUGUACUGUAUGGGAUAUGUGUUUCAACAGAUGAAUGCGCUGUCUCCUCUGAAAGACAUUACAGUACCCCCAACGGUCGUACUGUGGUACAUCGGUUGGCUCCAGGGGAGUCCAAAGUGCAUUUGCUUGUCCGCUUAUAAGGUGCACGCGACCAGCUCCACCUCCCCGCUGAGAUCAUACACAGUCAUGGCUAUGCCGCCUUUCACCGUCGAGGAACGCAACACAUGUUUUCAAACCAUCAUCGAGGAUAUACCUCGACUGAACGGUCGUUUCUGGACGUUCGAAAACACGCCACUCGCCUUCGUCACAUACGCAACCACCGUCGGUAAUCAUGUGGUCACUCUUAUGAAGUCGGGCAAGACCACAUUGGGUUUGAAAGGCCCUGGAUUGCAGCAUGUAUUGCAGAUCGACAACACCUCGUACAAUCUCUACGUGUACGACUUAGGUGAUGCCGUGAAUGUUCAGCGCACGGUGAUUGGACUACUCGAAGCCCUCAAGAAGAAGGAGCUCCAUAUCUUCACCCUGGACGAAAGUUGCGCCAAGUUUCGGUGA